UAUAGAUACAUAAGUGGGUACAUUGCAUAUACAGCGAGUAUACCUCUUAAAUUGUGUAGCUAUUUUCAGUUUGCAGUAUUUUGAUGUCAUUCAUUAUAGUAACUAGUAAGCACUUAUGUCUUAUACAUACAACAUACCCAUACGUUAUAAGUAAAUCAAAAAUCGUUUGAGCAUAAGCCUAUUUAAUAUACAUUGUAAAAUAUAUUUUAGUUACACUUAUACAAACUUACAUGUCGUAAUACAAAUUAAUUUUUUUUACCUAUAUUGAAUUUUACGAUUGAAUCAAGCAUAUUAAGGAUUGAUAAAAGCUGUACGCCCAAUAUUCGUGGAUGGAAUAAAGAAGCGAAUAACAAAAUGAGGUCAGCUGUGUUUGCCGCCUUCGUUUUUUGUGCCUUAACAAUCGCACCGACCGGGUCGUCGGAAAUCCUGGUCAUAUUCCCGACGACUGCCCAGAGUCAUUACCGUGUCGUCCGACCACUAAUCCACAGGUUGUUGGAUCGCGGACACAAAAUAUUGGCCAUCACCAACUUCCCGGAUGCCGUGGAAAGAGCAAAUCUAUCACAGAUAGACAUUGCUGGGUUGAAACCGCAUUCGAAAUUCAAGACCAGCAACAAUGGAAUAAUGAAAUCGAUAACUCGAGUAAUCGGAAACGCCAACACAUACGCGACUAUUCUCAGUCAUCCGACAGUGGCGAAACUCCUACAGUCCGGUCGGAAAUUCGACUUGGUGUUGGCCGAAUUUUUUACAUCUACACCAAUAUUUGCACCGAUCGCCACAGUUGUAGACGCACCGAUUGUUGGCUUCUGUCCAAUGAUCACAUUUCCGUGGAUAAACGAUGUGAUGGGAAUGGAUACGACCAUGUCUUAUAUGCCUAAUAUUCUCAGCGAUUCCUCGGACCGUAUGUCAUUUUUCCAGCGAAUCAGUAAUAUUGUGAAAACCGCAAUCAUCUACAUCGCGUUUAAUUGGAUUUACACCCCCAUAAUUCGGCAAAUUAAUAAUCAUCAUUACGGAAUACAAACGGAAUCAGCAAUAAAAAGUAUGGCUAAUUUAAGCAUGAUUAUGACGAAUAAUUAUCACAGCAUGUUUUUACCCUUUCCCCAACUGCCCGGAAUCGUUGAGGUUGGUGGUAUUCACGUAGUCGAUGAAAAACCUAUCCCGCAAGACUUGAACGAUUUCAUAAAUAAUGCCGAUCGUGGUGUGAUCUUAUUCAGUUUGGGCACUGUGGUGUCGGAAGAAUCGUUGAGUGCCGAUAAGCUGUACAACAUACUCGAUGCAUUUUCGAAAGUUAAACAAAGAGUCAUUAUGAAGUUCGAUUCUGAAAAAUACAAAAUACAGUUACCAGUGAAUGUAAAAAUGGUCAAAUGGUUUCCACAGCGAGAUCUCUUAGCUCAUCCAAAGGUACUACUAUUUAUAUCACACGCUGGUAUGAUGAGCGUAAUCGAAACAAUACACUGUGGUAAACCAAUGGUAGCUAUACCGAUAUUUGGCGAUCAAAUGUUUAAUACCAAUUUGUUGGUUGGAAAACAAGUGGCUGUCGCUAUAGAAUACAAACAUUUGGAUAGUGAUCAUCUUUUCAAUGCUAUUAAUGAAGCAUUGGCCGAGAAAUAUACGAUUAACAUGAAAAAACUGCAACAGUUGUAUAAUGAUCGACCACAAUCACCUCUCGAAACGGCAGUUUACUGGACUGAGUAUGUAAUAAGAAAUAAAAACAAAUCGAAAGAACUGUUAAAAAGUCAAAAGGUUCACUUAAAUUUGUAUCAAUCGAAUUUAAUUGAUAUAUUUGCUGCUUUUCUCCUCCCACUUAUUGUGGUAAUAUAUUUUAUACAAUGGAAAAUGAAACACAUAUUAUACAAUGGACAAUGAACGUCUAAAGCAGCAUUAAGUGAAUUAUCACUGAUGGCCGCAUGUAAAGGGUUGUGAUUGUUCUGUUUGUUCAUUGUUAAAAUGAUUUUAAUUUUGUUUUCAUAUCUAUUCUAGUCUCUAGAUUUCUAGUUUGAAAAAUGAAAAAUCCACUCGGAAAUUUAUAGCAACCCAAAACUGCUAUGGAAUACUAUUAUAUGGAAUACUAAAUAAAAAAAAUAAUCACCUUAAAA